UAUUUUUCUGAUCUUAUUGCUAAAAGAACAUUUUUAAUUUACAAAGAAAAACAAAACUUUCUCUCUCCGGAGGUCCAUCAAGCUCCAGGAUGCAAGAUUUAUUGGGUCUUUUUAAACACAGUAUUAUUAUUUUCAAAAUAAAAUACUGACAGAUUAAAAUGUCCUAUUUCACCUUCUCAUGAUUGUAAAAUGGGGUGAUUCUGUGACAGAUAUUGUGCAGAAAAUGCAUUUUAUUUCCUCCGAAGAAACACAAACUGAGCGGGGAGAAGGGCUCUGUCCGCCUUACGGCUGGGCGGGUUCUUAAACUCACCAAUCAGAGAGCAGCUCGUCUCUAUAAAUAAAGGCAUCUACGGGCGGGAGCCGUGUGUAGAGAGUCUGUAAAUCAACGGUGUGACGAUGUCCGAAACUGCGCCCGCUGUUGCAGUGACAGCGGCUGCUGCUGCAGCCCCUGUUCCAGUUUCAAAGGUUCCAGCUAAAAAGCCGAAGAAGGCGGCAGAAAGCUCCAAAGCCCGGAAGGCCGCGGGUCCCAGCGUGACCGAGCUGAUCACCAAGGCGGUGGCCGCUUCCAAGGAGCGCAAGGGGGUCUCGCUGGCAGCUCUUAAGAAGGCUCUGGCCGCGGGAGGGUACGAUGUUGAGAAGAACAAUAGCCGCAUCAAGCUGGGGCUCAAAAGUCUGGUGAACAAGGGCACCUUGGUUCAUACUAAGGGUAUCGGCGCCUCGGGCUCCUUUAAGCUCAGCAAGAAGCCUGGUGAGACCAAGGAAAAGGCUCCCAAGAAGAAGCCAGCGGCAAAGCCUAAGAAACCAGCUGCCAAGAAGCCCGCCAGCGCCGCCAAGAAACCCAAAAAGGCUGCGGUGGCGAAAAAGAGCCCGAGAAAAGCCAAGAAACCAGCUGCAGCGGCCAAAAAAACGGCCAAGAGCCCGAAAAAGGUUAAAGCAGCCAAGCCUAAGAAGGCAGCUAAGAGCCCGGCUAAGGCCAAAGCGGUGAAGCCCAAGGCGGUCAAGGUCAAGCCGACGAAACCCAAAACAGUGAAGGCGAAGAGGGCCGCGCCUAAGAAGAAGUGAAAUGACGUGAAAUACUUGCUAUAAAAAACCCAACGGCUCUUUUAAGAGCCACC